AUGACGGUGAAGGUUGAGACGAUGAUGAUGAUGGUGAUUGGUGUGCAGUUGAAAAUGGUGGAGGUGAUGGAGGUGGUGAUGCUGUUGGUGGUAGUGAUUAAGGUGGAGGUGGUGAUGAUGGUGAUGUUGCUAAUGAUGAUGGAGGUGGUGAUGCUGGUUAUGAUGGUGAUUGAGGUGAAGGUGAUGAUGGUGAUGGAGGUUAAGGUUGUUGUGAUGGAGGUCGAGAUGAUGAUGUUGGUGGUGAUGAAGGCGAUGGUGAUUGGGAUAAAUGUGAUGUUGACGGAGGUGGUGAUGGAGGUGAUGGUGGAGGUAGAGAUGGUGGUGAUGGAGGUGGAGGUGAUGGUGAAUGUGGGGGUGGAGGUGGAGGUGAUGGUGAAGGUGAUUCUGGUGGUGAUUGCGAUUGAGUUGGAAAUCGUGAUUGAGGUGGAGGUGAUGAUGCUUAUAGUAGUGGUGAUGGUGAAGGUGGAUGUGAUGGUGGUUGAGGUUGAGGUGGUGGUGUAG